CUUGCAUUGCUCUUUUGUGUUGAAGGACAAUGAGAGAGCGAAGACGAGCGUAUAGGCCGUAUACUGAACCUGGGUCUUCGCCACGGCAGGCAAGUCGAGGAAGAGACCCUCUAGUUCAGGAAACCUGGCAGUGUUCCCGUUCCUAUCGGUCUCUGGGUCCGUCCUGGCCCGAACAUGACCGGUCUAGAUUCAUUCAUGGAAGUGAGGAACAACUGCAAACUGGUGAUGUCAGAACUCGUUCACCGCCUCAACCCAGAAAUCCAGAAUACGAAAAUAUCGGAGGAAACCGGUUCUCCUCGGUUCGGAACUGGUCGAAAGAUCCGGUUCCGGUCGAAACAGGCCGGUUUGUCGAUAUGGGUUUGGUGAGGCGGGGAGAGUACGGUGAAGAGAGAAAUAGGCAGAAGCAGCCACAGUCAGGGCUUAGUGAAUCUUUGUUGGGAACGAGAAGAGAAUCAACUUCUACGAAGUUUCAGUGGGACAAGUUGUUAGCUUAUAAGAAACCCACAAAUGCUAGUACAAAUGGAAACAAUAUUGGUGGGUUCUGUGAUUCAGAUGUGGUCCCGAACUCCAUGUCAAUGGAAAGAGGUGGUGGGGGCUCGUCAAGAACUUGUUUUAGUCCUCGGAUGGACCCCACCAGGAGCAGAAGAAAUUAUGGGCUUAUUGAUGGCGGGUAUACAUCUCCUUCGCCUUUGGGAAUAUUUGAAGUGAGUAGGAAAAAUACUAGCAUUGUGGACUCAAUUGUGAACAGGAUUGAAGGAAAUAAUGACAUUUAUUAUCAUCCUAGUUUGAGGGAUAAUAUGAUGAGAGAGAGAAAAAUACUGCUGGAGAAUGGUACUUUUUUAGGUGAAGAUGAGAAAAAUUUGGAUUGCAAGAGUUUGAAUUUGAAUCCUGAGAACCUACAGUUUGUAUCAGAGAGUGCUUUUGAAAGACAUACAGGUGGUAAUGGCUCUUAUGGAGAUGGUUUCGAGAGUUUACCAAUAUCAUAUGAAGAAUUUUAUCCCAUUGGAAGUAGUUCCCAACGGCCAUUUACACCUGAUAAGGCAUCAGAAAUGAGGAUCAAUAGUAGUUUAGAUAUAGAAAUGAACAGUGAUGAUCGGAGAAUAAUGUUAUCAUGUGAUCAGAAUGCCUUUGAUGAGAUCCCUGAUUCAAGUUGUGGAGAUGGAGACUGGACUUAUGAAGAUAUGGAACAAUUGCCAAUGCUGGAGAACUCAGGAUGGGAAGAGUACCAAGGCAGCAGCACUAGAAGGAUGAUUGAUGAAAUGGCCAUCUAUGGAAAUUUAAGCUCUGGAAGUGCCUUAUCAUCUAAAUAUUUAGUGCUACCAAAGCAAAGGCGUUCAAGCAAGUCUGUUAAGCCUUCUAAAAAUGACAUAAAGAAGCGGUUGGGGCCAGCUCGAAGGAGUGUAAAGCAGCGAUUAGGGCCUGCUCCAAAUGCAGGUAAGAGCUUGGGGCUUUCUCCAAAAGUUAAGAAGAAACUUCCUUGGUUUAAAAUACAAAAAGAAAUGACUCAGGAAAAAUUUGAAGAAAACCUUAAUGUUCAAGAACUGAAAUCCUUGGAAGUGAAGAAACAAAAUGCGAGGACCGAGCCACCUGAGGACUCAGAGGAUUUCAUGCUGCGGGUACAAAAUGCUUUCUUGAAGUUUGUCAAAGUUUUAAAUGAGAAUUCAACUAAUAGGAGGAAAUACUUGGAUCAAGGAGGAGCUGGUUCUAUGAAGUGCAGCAUUUGUGGCAGCAGCACCAAGGAAUUUGCAGACACAAUAAGCUUGGCAAAGCAUGCAUUCACGUCUAAUAGAGUUGGGUACAGGUAUGAGCAUUUGGGUUUUCACAAAGCACUUUGUGUGCUGAUGGGAUGGAAUCACACAGGAGGUCCUAAUGGUCAAUGGGCUCUGGAUGUGUUGCCUAGCACUGAAGCUUUAUCAUUGAAAGAAGACCUCAUCAUAUGGCCUCCAGUUGUUCUCAUCCAUAACAGUUCCAUAUCAAAUUAUAAUCUAAGUGAACGUAUUAUUGUAAGCAUUGAAGGGCUCAAGGAUAUUCUUAGUGGUAUGGGAUGUGAUCAAGGGAUGAUGAAUCUAUAUCGUGGUAAAGCUGCAAAACAGAGUACUAUGGUGGUGAGCUUCACUGGCACUUUUUCCGGGCUGCGAGAAGCAGAAAAGCUUCAUAGGCUUUUUGGUGAGAAGAAACAUGGGAGGGCUGAGUUGGAGCAAUUUGGUUCUAGUUGCUGCAAAAAUUAUCGUCAGGAAACUCUACUGCUAGCAGUUGAUAAGGUAGAAAGUGUUCUGUAUGGGUAUUUGGGGAUUGCAAGUGACCUAGAUAAGCUUGAUUUUGAGACUAAGAAGCGGUGUGUAGUGAAGAGCAAGAAGGAUAUUGAGGCUAUUGCAGAUGCCUCUCAAAUCAAUGCUGAAGGAUAAGCUGAGAAGGAGGAUCCAUUUUUACUUUGGAGUUCCAAGUAAAUAUAUAGGUAUUUUGACUUCUGGUUUCUGCUCAGUACAGAACCACAGGUAUAGUUGACCCAGUUAUCUUCCAUUGACAAAAGUGACUUUUUUGUUAUCUUCAUUUAUUUUGGAAGUGCUUCCCAUGGUGUUCUAUCAAUGAGGAGGUGAAUAUCUGUUUGUAAAUUGUAGGAAACUGAAGAGAUGAUUUGGCCUUCUGACUAUUCCUCAUCAUUUUCGUUUUUGAUCUUUUACUGAAUAUGAGCAGAAAAUUUCAU